AGUCAUUGAGAAGUGUCAAUCAUGCGUAACCCUGGCUCCGGUCAAUCCCCACACACUGUACCUGACUGUCGCGUUGUGCGGGACAGAGCGUUGUGCGGGACAGAGCGCUGUCCACUUGAGAAGUAUAGUGAAUUUGAGAAUUUGAGCCACCAAGGCAUUUAUAAUCCAUAUCCUGCCUUUGUUCACUUAUAUAACUGGGUCAGUAUGGAAGAGGCAGAACUGGUAAAGGACCGACUCCAAGCAAUAACGGAUAAGAGAAAAGUCCAAGAAGACAUUGUUCAUAAAAAGCUGGAAAUAGACCAGGAGAGGCUAAAGCUUCAGCACUUAAAGAAAAAGUCUCUGAGGGAACAGUGGCUCAUGGAUGGAACGAGCAACCAAAGCCCACAGCAGAGAGAGACUUUGAGGGGAGAUCAACAACAAACUAAACUCCUCCAGACCAGCAUCCACAGGAUGGAGAAAGAGAUUGAGGCUCUGGAGAGGGAAGAGACGAUGAUUUCGAAAAAUGAGGGCUUCAUCCUGAAGAGGCUGAAAGCUAUCGAGAAAACACCUGAGGAGAUAAUAAAGGACGCAAAGGAGAAUUUCCAAGAAGAGCCAAUCCAUAUCAACCCAGCUACUCCAGAUGCCCCAAAGUCCUGCAAACCUCCAAUUUCAAAGAAGCAGUCCUUUGAAUCUAAUAAGGACACACCCAAACAAACCAUGUUUGCCAUGGAGAUCAACGUCCAGAAGGAUCUCCGUACCGGGGAGACCCGGGUCCUGUCCACAUCCACUGUCACCCCCCAGGUGCUCCAGCAGAGAGGGGUCAAAGUCUAUGACGAUGGCCGCAAGUCUGUCUAUGCCCUGCGGUCUGCCGAGUCUCAGCUGGGGGAUGUUUCUAACAGAGUGGACGAGCUCAGCGCUAUGGAGGUGGAGGUUCUGCUCAGAGCAGCUACAGAGCAGAAGAAGUCUCAAAGCGGCCCACUGGGCCACCAAGGCCAUCAGGAAUCAGUGUCUGCAUUCUCCACCAACUGUGGCCCACAGAGCCACCAGAAGCCAACAUUGCCUGCAUUCUCCACCCCCCGUGGCUCUCGGGGCCACCAUGAGCUCAGCCCUAUGGAGGUGGAGGAGCAGCUCCGAAAGGGUACAGCGCAGAAGAUGCCUCAAAGCGGUGCUUUCCCAAAAGACCACCGGGGCCACCAGGAAUCAGUGCCUGCAUUCUCCAACACCUGCAGCUGGAGGGCCUCAGUCCCCAACAGACCCCAACAGAGUAAUGCUAAAGUCAUCCACGAAACCAAUGGGAAUGGGUAUCAGCAAGAGUCGUAUAAGCGUGAUGUCCUCUCCAUGAAGGAGCUCCACUAUAUUGAUGGAGUCCACAACUCAGGGCUGGAGAUUCUUUCCUCCUCCCCUCACAUUCCAGUCCAUUAUUUCAUUGGCAGGCAGGAUGAGGAGUACUACCAGCCAAACAACGGGUAUAACCAGAAUCCUUUCUCUUAUGGUGUGGAGAAAGGGUUCCCCACUGACGACUUCUACCAUAGCCCUAGAGAGAACCCGCGAGGAGGGAUGUUUUACGACUCAUCAGUUGAAAUGGACCUGAGGCCGUCUCCGAUCUACCAGGAAGACUCGCACUUCAGUAUCCUGAACACCAUGGACACGUCCGAGCCUGUCACCGCCAUCUUUAUGGGCUACCAGACCGCAGAGGAUGACAGUGGGCGUGGCCUUGGCUAUGAAGGAUCCAUCCGGGCCGAGCUUGUCGUCAUUGGCGACGAGGAUGGGGUGGACGAGAGUAACCCUCAGUUUAACACCUACACCGCGGAUGGCUAUAACAACCGGGGCUACCAUCACUGUCAACCUCAACAGAACUUAAUCAAAUACAUGGCAGAGCCCACAGCUAAUUUUAACUCAAACAAUGCAUCACCGUACACAGCAUCAAGGAAUUUGGUCUAUCCUGGUCAACAGGCCAAAGAGUCACACUACCUGUAUUCAGACGGACAGUCCGACGAGGACGGGACAGAGAAGCACUCUGCCCCAGCUUCAAGUACAAGUAUGGAGAAACCUGAACAGUUUGUGUAAAAAUACACCAUGCAAGACUCAGAAACCUACACGUUCCAUGACGAGAGAAGAAGAAAACCAACUUUGCACAAAACAUUCAACUAACAGCAAAAUGCUUCUGAGAUGCCAUCAAUAGCUAAAACCAGAGCCUUGUAUUUGGAUAAUUCUCAACAUAUUCUCAAUGUAAGGAUGUGGCUAAUACUGUAAAACAUAUGUUUGCUCAUAACGUUUCCUUACACAGCUGAAUAUAUACUAAUGAUGUCAUUUAGAGAGAAAGAAACCAGCCAAAAAGUAGACUUUUGAAAUGAAUCUCUGAUCUUAAAUGUUAAAUGUUCCUGAAGAUAUAAGUGCCUCUGAUGUUUACUGUACUCUCUAGCCUUUUAUGCUGCUGUCGGCUACUAGUCAGCACUUUUGAUAUAAUAAUAAAACCUUUAUGGAGUGCCUCAAUGUAAUAUGCUGUUGAAACUGUAACCUGGGAGCAUAUUUGUAAAAGCUAAUCAUGCUAACAAAACAAUUAAAAAGCUAA